UGGGGGAGCCGCCAUUUUCUGAAUAAACUAGCGGAGAGCGACCGGGAGAGGGUGAAAGCAGAGAUGUUAGUUUUAAUCUGGCGUCUUUGAUCUGGCUGGUGAUACACGCCGUGCUUUUUAAACCAACCUCCCCUACGUCCUACUUCCGUACACUGUCCGCGUGCGAGGAACGUUUCCUAAUUUUAAAUUGCUCUCGGAGGCCCUGCGUGCGGUGGCGGCGGCGUGUGGACACGUUGAGUUUGCUGCCCCGACGGUGACUAUUUGUUUGUAGCCGCAGGCUCCUCUGGAUGUUCGACCUCUGACACCCCACUCCCCUUUCCCCCUGUAAUAGGGGGGGCUCAGAAUAAACAACCCCGGCUCCUUCAUAGGACACUCCUCUGCCCCUUCCCCUCUCCCCUCCCCCCGUCAUUCUCUGGUCAGGUUCCCUCAGCUACUGUUUACCCCUCCUCCCCCUCCCCUCUCCACAGGAUCGAGCACAAUGAUGAUAGAAAACCUUGAUGCACUCAAGACUUGGCUCACCAAGACCCUCGAACCCAUAUGUGAUGCAGACCCAUCCGCACUUGCUAAAUAUGUUGUUGCAUUGGUAAAGAAAGAUAAAACUGAAAAGGAAUUGAAAGCGUUGUGUGUUGACCAAUUAGAUGUCUUUCUUCAGAAAGACACGCAUACUUUCGUAGAAAAACUUUUUGAUGCUAUAACUGCAAAGAGUUACCUACCUCAGUUUGAACAGUUGUCAUCUGUGAAUGUAAAAUCUGAGCCUGUACGGCAAGAACGAGAAGAUAAAAAAGAAGAGGGGAGUAAAGAUGAUGAUGAUCGAGACAAAAAAUUUCCAAGGCGGUUGAAUCACAGUCCAUUACAAUCAGGAUCAAGAUACAGAGACAACCGAAACCGUGAUGACAGAAAAAGUGAUCGUUCUCGUAAAAGGGAGUACGACCGCUAUCCUCCAAGGAGGGAUUCAUACAGGGACAGAUACAACAGAAGAAGAGGAAGAAGCCGAAGCUACAGUAGGAGUCGGAGUCGCAGUUGGAGUAAGGAAAGAAACAGGGACAGAAGCAGAAGCAGGAGUAGAAGCAGAGAGCGAGAUUCAGGGAAGUCAAAGUAUGAUGUCGAUAGGACAGAAUCAUCGGAAAGUGGCUACACUCCUAAUAGUGUGCCUGGCAUUACAUCUGGACAUUUUCCUGUUCCUACUCUAAGUAGUGCAAUCACAGUUAUAGCACCAGCUCACCAUGGUAACACCACAACAGAAAGUUGGUCAGAGUUUCAUGAGGACCAGAUAGAUCACAACUCAUAUGGGAGAGGGCCAAUUCCAAAGAAGCGUUGUAGAGACUAUGAUGAAAAGGGAUUCUGUAUGAGAGGUGACAUGUGUCCUUUUGACCAUGGAAGUGAUCCUGUAGUGGUAGAAGAUGUAAAUCUUCCAGGCAUGCUCCCUUUUCCUUCUCAGCCCCCAGCAGUUGAGGGACCAAAUCCUCCUGCCCUUCCACCUCCACCGCCCAUUCUGACUCCUCCUCCUGUUAAUCUCAGGCCUCCAGUACCUCCACCAGGUCCAUUACCACCAAGUCUGCCUCCUGUUGCAGUUGGUCCUCCGCCGCCAUUGCCACCCCUGCAGCCGCCAGGAAUGGAUGCACCCCCAAGCUCAAUUACUAGUUCAGUGCCUCCAGUUGUCACAUCGGUACUUCAUCACCAGCCUCCUGCAGCACAACCUCCUUCGUAUGCACCAGAAACCUAUGAAACUGAUGGAUAUAAUCCUGAGGCACCAAGCAUAACCAAUACUUCAAGGCCAAUUUAUAGACAUAGGGUGCAUAGCCAAAGACCUAACUUAAUUGGACUCACAUCGGGUGACAUGGAUUUACCACCACGAGCUGUAAAUAUUAAUGUAAAAACAGAAAAGCCUGCUACUAACAACAACAUGAGAAUAGUGGUGGAUUCUGAGUCUAGGAAGCGUACAAUAGGUGCUGGUGCUGAAGGAGUUCCUGCCAAGAAAUCCUGGUUUGACAAGCCAAAUUUCAACAAAGCAAAUAACCAAGGGUUUCAAAAGAAACCACAGUAUGGAAUCGAGAACACCAAGCUGGAGCUUCGGAAGGUUCCACAGGAAUUAAAUAAUAUCAGCAAGCUCAAUGAACACUUCAGCAAAUUUGGAACAAUCGUAAAUCUUCAGGUUGCUUAUCAAGGCGAUUUAGAGGGUGCCCUUAUUCAAUUUGCGUUGCCUGAAGAAGCAAAGAGGGCAAUCUCGAGUACAGAGGCAGUGCUUAAUAAUCGAUUCAUCAAGGUAUAUUGGCAUCGGGAAAGCAAUUCUCAGCAAAAGACAACUUCAAAUCAACAGGUGGCUUGUGGACUACAGCAGCCAGUUAAACAGUCCUCUUUUGCAGUUAUCAAACAAUCAGUAAAGGACAGAUUGGGUCCUCUACCAGAAGGAAAUAUGGAACCUACACAAACUCAGGUCAUUCCCAUAGCCAGCAUUCAGAAUGCAAAUAAGUUGUCUAUUAAAGAUCGAUUGGGAUUUGCAACUAAACGCACAGAACCAGCUCCGACUGAAAAGGUAUUGUCAACUACAACAGGUCUUACAAAAACAGUCUACAAUCCUGCUGCCCUAAAGGCAGUACAAAAAUUAGGUACUGUUUCAUCAGACUCUACAGAGGCACCAAAAAAGAAACAGGAUACACUUCGACUUCAACAAGAUGUAAGAAAAAAGAAACAUGAAAUUUUGGCAAAACAUAUAGAUACCCAGAAGAUCUUGAUAUCAAAGCUUGAAAAAAACAAAAAAAUGAAAUUGGAAGAUAAAGCAGAGAUCAUGAAAACAUUGCAGACGUUGACUAAGACUAUCACCAAGCUACAAGAUGAACUGAAAGCAAGUGGAACAAGCACGAGUCUUCCUAAAACAAUUAAAACCAAAGCUCAGAUGCAAAGAGAACUACUAGACACUGAACUGGACUUGUACAAGAAAGUGCAAGCUGGAGAAGAUAUCACUGAACUACGAAAGAAAUAUAAUGAACUUCAAUUAGAGGCUGCCAAACGAGGGAUCCUUUCCUCUGUUCGUGGGAGAGGGCAUAACACUAGAGGCCGAGGUGGGCACAGAGGUAGAGGCAGGGGACAUCGUGGCCGAGGCCGGAGUCUGCCUUUUCACUCAGUAGUUGACCAUCGUCCAAAGUCAUUGGAUAUCUCUGGCUUUUCAGAAGGGGACCAAGAUGAAGUCCUGCCACACUUUGCACAAUUUGGUGAAAUUGAGGAUUGUCAAAUCGAUGAUGGUUCUUGUCAUGCAAUCAUCACAUACAAGACCAGGGCGGAAGCAGAAGCUGCUGCUUUACAUGGAAUUCGCUUCAAAGGACAGGACCUUCAACUUGCAUGGUACAAACCUGGGUCCACCAUUACUGUUGUUGAGCCUGAAGAUGUGGAGGCAGAUGAAGAGGAGUUUCAGGAAGACUCUCUGAUUGAUUCAUUGCUUCAAGAUGAUGAUGAUGAAGAUGAUGAUAAUGAAUCGCGUUCUUGGAGAAGAUGAUCAGAGCGUUUACUUACAGAAAGCUGUCUGUCUACAUUCUAAAUCAUAAUGUGAUUUGUUUUUUCUAAAAACUAAUGUACUAAAGAUUGUAGUGAAUUACCUGUAUUAGUCCAGAAGCACUGUUUGGUAUAGAGGGUUAGACCCUGCAUUGAGUUGCUACUGUACCUAUAUGGAAAGAUUGAAAUGAAAUUGCAGCUUUAGUUGCAACAGGAGGCAUGUAUGUAAUUCAUUUUUUAAAAAAAAAAAUCAUUUUGUGAAACUUGGUAUGCAAAAUGUUCGUUGAACUUCAACCUGAUAGAGAUACCAAGAAUUUACAUGUAAUUUACUGAUUUGGUCAUAUGAUCUGAUCAAACAAAGACCAUUUCAAUGUAACUAUUAUAAAUGGUUCCAUGUUGUUAUGGAAUGAGAGGUUGAUAUUGAAUCUCUAUGGAUGUUUUGAAAAACUGAGACAUUCUGAGCUUUGUGAUAAAGCAAAGAACUUGGCAAGUACUGAAAAGUGCUCUUGUUUGUUAAAAGUUAUGAAUACCUUUUAUUUUGCAUAGUUUGCUUUAGGCUUUACUAUGUAUUAGCCUUGGUUUAUUUUUCUGUUGGAUUUGUGUAUGUAUUUUACUUGGUUGAUUUUAAACAUUCAUUGUACAACAAAUUGGUCAAAAGUCUUUUGACUUUUGAAGUGUUUAAAAAAAAAUAAAGCAAUGGAAUGGUCUAAUAUAUAUAUUAAAAAAAGUGAAAAAGAAACAAUGUAAUAUAAAAGAGAAUUGGUUACAUGGAAAACAAAAAAAUGAAGACCAUUCCAAACACCCACCAAAAAUUUCACAAAAGAGCUUUAACCAAUUCUUCAUUUUCAAUGCCCUUCUAAUUUUUUUUGUUUCCUUUACAGGAAAGAGAUAAAAGGGUGAUUCUAAUGCAUACUGUGCCGUAUGUUAUGUUUUCAAAUUGCAGUUUAAACUUUGACUUCUUCAAAUGUCCUGCUCCAUAUGUUGUCACUAUCAGUGUUCGUAUUGAACCUACCUCAUGAAGCACAUUAACCAUGUGUGCAGCUAAAUUAAUGAAUUUUUCAGCUGUUGGUCUUGUUAGUCAGACAAUGGAUGAUACUUAAGAGUUACAUAAAGCGUUUGUACCUUGAAAGCUAGCCCCAGUAACUGCAGGCUUGAAAUUGAAAGCUAUCGCAAUAAAACUAAAAUAAUGAAGUUGCACUGAUGAAGGUACUAUUUGGUCUGGUCAAACUGUUUUUUGAGCAUGACCAUUCACAACUUGCAGAAAUUCCAUAGGUUGUGAUCAAACAAGUGGAACUACUUUGAAACUACAAGGUAUUGUAUUUACUACUUGGUGUUCUAUUUGUCUUUAUAUUUGUUAUAAACUGCUAUUGGUUAAGUCAGAUGUUUUAGCAGCAUCAGCAGGAAAACAGUUGAGCAAAAUAAUGUCUAAUAAUACGGCAAGUAUUUACAGGAUAGUU